CAGGGAGAAGGCAGAAUCCCUCUCAGUUCCCUAGGAAACUCCAGGGAUGCUUUCCCGGGCUGCAAGGUCAUCUUCUAGGUGGGCUCAGUCCAUAAAAGCUCACCCCUUUGGCUGAGGAAAAGCAGAUGGUGAAACCAGAAGCAGAGAUUAGGUUGCCUUCUCGGGGAAAUUUGUAUGAAGUCCAUGGAAUCUGUACUUCUGAUGCUCGAGGAUCCCUUUCACACCACAUAGGAAUGCUGCUAGCUUUGGUCAUCAUGCACCCUCUGCUUGCUGGGGAGCGAGUUACUUGGAUGCCGCCUGCAUUUCGCGCACUCGCAUUGCUCUGAUGCUGCUUCGAGAAGCUCGGUGACAAUCCUCAGAGAUGCCUAUCCUCUCCGGAGGGAGCGACCAUGACUACAGCUUCGCCUCCUGUAAUUCCUUGACCCAUCUCUUCCCCAUCUCGGUGGUCGAGACUCCAGCCGUCAAAGGGGUCCAUUACCAAAGGGCCCAGAGGAUUUACCAUCUGGAUCAGCUCCAGACAGUUGACCUGAAGAGGGAAGUCAUCAUCAACGUGGGCGGCUUCAAGUACCUACUGCCUUGGAGUACUUUGGAUGAAUUCCCAUCGUCCCGGCUGAGCAAACUCAAGUUUUGCAGCAGCUAUGAUGAAAUCAUCCAGUUAUGCGAUGACUACGACGAGGACAACCACGAAUUCUUCUUCGACCGGAACCCCAGCGCAUUCGGGGUGAUCAUCAGCUUCCUCGCGGCGGGGAAACUGAUGCUCCUUCAGGACACAUGUGCCUUGUCCUUCCAGGAGGAGCUGAGGUACUGGGGCAUCGAGGACUCCAGCCUGGAGAACUGCUGCUUCCGCAAGCUCUUCCAGAAGGCCGAGGAGAUGUCCGAGGUGCGCAAGGAGGAAGAACUGCAGAGGAACAAGGUGACGGCCUGCAUCUUGGAGGAGGAGACCAGAUUCGGACAGUUUAUGAACAAGCUGAGGGACAUGGUGGAAAACCCCCAGUCGGGUCUGCCGGGCAAGGUUUUUGCUUGCCUCUCCAUCCUUUUUGUGGCUACCACAGCGAUAAGCCUUUGCAUCAGCACAAUGCCGGACCUAAGAGAAGAAGAAGACCGGGGCGAAUGUUCGCAGAAGUGCUACUACAUCUUCAUCAUAGAGACCAUCUGUGUGGCUUGGUUCUCACUGGAGUUCUGCCUCCGAUUCAUCCAGGCCAAGAGCAAGUGUCAGUUCUUCAAGGGGCCCCUGAACAUCAUCGACUUCCUGGCCAUCUCCCCUUACUACGCCUCCCUCAUUGUUGUGGACGACGAAUCCACGGGGGAGGACACCAAGCGAAGUGGGAACUCGUACCUCGAGAAGGUGGGUUUGGUGCUACGGGUUUUACGUGCCUUGAGGAUACUCUAUGUCAUGCGGCUUGCGAGGCACUCUUUGGGCCUACAGACACUGGGCCUUACGGUCCGGAGGUGCUCGCGGGAAUUUGGCCUGCUUUUACUCUUCCUUUGUGUGGCAGUCACCCUCUUUUCCCCCCUGGUCUACCUUGCGGAAAAUGAAUCUGGGAAGGUCCUGGAAUUUACCAGCAUCCCUGCCUCCUAUUGGUGGGCAAUCAUCUCCAUGACAACAGUGGGCUAUGGGGACAUGGUACCAAGGAGCGUCCCAGGCCAAAUGGUGGCCCUUAGCAGCAUCCUGAGUGGGAUAUUAAUUAUGGCUUUCCCAGCGACUUCCAUAUUCCACACAUUCUCCCACUCCUACUCAGAGCUGCGGAGAGAGCACGAGAGACUGCAGUCCCGGAUAACAAGGAUGAAAAAUGCCAAUACAGCCAAUGAAAGCGAUACCUUGAAUGAAAGCGAAAGCUUCAUUUCGGAGGCAACCGAGUCCCCCAUCAAGUACAUCUACAAAGGAUAACAAAAAUCCUGAUGGAAAAAGCUGAUUAAAAAACCAAACCAAACCUGGGCACUGUAAUGCACACAGCGGAACCGUACCUCAAGGCCUGCAAUGCACAAUUCGCAACCCAAUUGCUUCUGCAAAAGUCUGCUUGGGUGAAUCAACAGCUUACAGCGCAUAGCUAAGAAGAAACAGAUGCCUGAACCCUGUCGGCAGCACCAGGGAGAAUUCACAACACAAAGGGUGGGAUCCAGCAAAUACUGCUGAUGGAUAAAUCCCGGAGAAGAGUCUGGCCUACGGGCAGAGACCCACCCAGCUAUCACAGGUAGGUCAGAUGAAGGUGAUCCAUCCUAUCAGUUACAGGACCAAAACCUUCAGCCCAAGGCAUACAGCAGAGAAGCAGACUGAUAGCCUGGAAGGCUUACUAAGACAAGUAUGGAGAAGGAAGACUGGAAGUGAGGUAGAGGAAGUGAGGUAGGGUGGGCUUGGUCCGGGCAGUACCAGUGGCAGGGGUGACUCUAGAACCACUAGUAUAAAGGAGUGAAAGAUUAACUAAGAAUGUUAAUAAGGGAGUGAGGAUUAUGGCAACCCUAGGAGAGAGGUCAGUACCAAAUUAGCUGAAAUCUGGAGAGGAGAUGACCCCGCACCCCUCUGCCCACAUGGUCUCACCCAUCCCGGUUCCUGGCCUGGAAGGAAGCUCAGGGGUUGGUCCGGCUCCUGGGAGGCUGGAGGAGUCUCUCCUACCGACCCGGCUGCACCGGCUUCUGCUGCUUGUUGUGGGGCAGAGGCGUGAGUGCAUGUGGCUCCUUUAAACAACAGAAGCCUUUUAAGAUCAUUAGUCCAAGUGAUAGGACCAUGCAAUACUACGGCUGUAUUGCCUGACACUUUGCUGUGAAUUUACAGCCUGGGGGAGCAAAAGAGGGAGCAGGAAGUGUUGGAGUCAGGGGGCCAAAUCUGCCUCUCCCCCUCCCCUUUUUCAAGAGGUGGCGGUGAUGCUCAGAGUCAGACCAUCAAUCCACUGAGCCCAGUACUGUCUGCUUUGAAUGGCAGGAGACCUCCAUAGCAGUAGUGGCUAGCGUGGCCACCAGCAGGGCAGUGAAAAAGGCCCCUUUAGGCAUAAAUUAGCUUGCAGGUGCUGCCGGAUCAGAGGUAAGCACCUUCGAAUUUAUGCUUAAGGGUCCCUCUCGCCAGUCACCCACCCCAGCUGCUACUGCUCCGUAGAUUCCAGGCUGAAGGACUUCCCUGCCCUGCAAUCUUUAGAAUGGGAGGUGCUAGGGACAGAUUCUGGAGCCUCAUGCGUGGAACGUCUGUGCUCGACCCCUGAGCGACCAGCUUUCCCUCAAGGCCUCAGAAGUCCUUGAAAGAGAAAGAUGGCGACCUGUCGGGGUCUCCCAAGCCUUGCCUCUUCUCUGCGAGCGGGCAGAGGCAUCUGGAUUCUGAUCCCGUCGUUGACUGAACAGGAGUCCUGUCCAGCUUCCAUGAAGGUCAUUCAACAGCAGCGUUUGGCGGAUGGCACCCUGAAGUUCUUCGCCAGCUCUUUCAUCAUGCUGAUUAAACCGGUGGCAAACUGCAAACUCCAACGUCCAGCAGUAGUUCCUGUGUUGGGCAAAAAGCAAGGAAACCGCAGGCUAGCCGCCGUGACGUCCCUUAUGCCCUUUGCAGCCACCACCAGCGACAUCAAAGAGCUGGAAUGGGUUCACCUCGGUCUUCUAUAUCUUGGCCGCUUACGGAAUGCUGAGCAUUGAGCAUAUCAAAGAGCUUUCGGUGCAGGUCUGCAGCUUUGAAGCCCAAGGCACCAAAUGCCAUCCGCUGGAGCUUUUACACCGUAUUCAGCAGUCUGAUCUUUAUCUGGACGAGGAUUGUGCCAUCAAUGACGUGUCUAGCACUGGGAGGAAAGGAUUUUUUUUAAAAAAAAGAAUACAGCAUGCUUUGAAAUGCAGACUGCCCUCUGUAAACUUUUCACACUAGCUAACAACAAAUUUUCUUACGUAUAAUUUAUUGAGAUAACGACGGAAGAAUAAAGAACGUGAAUACAAGAGAAUG